CAGUCUCCUCUCCCAACUCCUGGAGGCAGCGCGGAGCCGGGCGGGCGAUGCGGGCUCCCGGAGCUGCUCUCCGCAGCGGCGCGGGGAACAGGCUCGGCGGCACCGCGCCCCGGCUGCCCGACUGCUUCUGAUGCGCCGCGGCGGGGGCCGCGCAGCCCGGGGUCCCGGCUCCACGAGGAUGUGGCUCCUCUUCGGCGCGGCAACUUUCUGGGGAUUGGUCCUGGCUCCAGGAUUUGGUCUGCAAAUACAGUGUUAUCAGUGUGAAGAAUUCCAGCUAAAUAAUGACUGCUCUGCUCCAGAGUUCAUUGUGAACUGCACAGUGAAUGUUCAAGACAUGUGCCAGAAAGAAGUAAUGGAAAAAAGUUCUGGAAUCCUCUAUCGCAAGUCCUGCGCAUCCUCUGCAGCCUGUCUAAUAGCCUCUGCCGGAUACCAGUCUUUCUGUUCCCCAGGAAAAAUGAACUCUGUUUGUAUCAGCUGCUGUAAUACUCCACUCUGCAAUGGACCCCGGCCCAAGAAGAGGGGGAAUUCUGGCACAGUGCCCAAGGCAGGCAUAUUAACUACUAUUUUGCUCUUAAAAUUGGCUCUUUUAUCGUCAGUGCAUUGCUAAACUUAAAGGAUUUUUUUUGUCUUGGCAUUGUUUGU